AUGGCGGUGUGGGAAGAAGAGGUGCAGCGGAAGCUGAAGGAGAACGAGCCGAUGGAAGCCAUGAAGGUGUUGAUGAUGGAGAUGAGAAGCUUCAGUGAGAAGCCUUGUGUCCUUCAGCUUGGCAUUGAUACCAGGAGCUUCUACAAAGAUCCUGCAGGCUUCGGCCUUGCGAUGAAGGAGGCGGGUGCAAGCAUGGAGGACAUCCGAAGUUUCAGCUGCAUCCUGCUGCACCGGGGCCUGGUCUUUCUGGCGCUUCAGCAGCCCGCGCGUGGGCAGCGGGACCUGAGGGCGGCGCAAGAUAUGGGUGCUUCAGGCGAAGCGCUGCAGCAGGGCCUCAAGGAAGCGCGUCAAGCUUUGGAGCGUUUGGAGGAACAGGAACGUCAGGAGCAGCGCCAGCGCCAGGUGCCCAUCACCGUGCUGACGGGCUUCCUCGGAGCAGGCAAGACUACACUGCUGAACUACAUCUUGAAGGCCCAGCACGGCUUUCGCUUCGCGGUCAUCGAAAAUGAGGUGGGUCAGAUUGGUAUCGACAAUCAGUUGCUGGAAGCUUCUGGUGUGAAGAGGACUCAAGAGUCAGUGAUCCUGCUGGACAAUGGCUGCCUCUGCUGCACGGUCCGCAGCGACCUAGUCGAAGCUGUGAAGCAGAUCCUCUUGAAGGCGGACGCAGAGGCAGCCAACAGGCAAGCUGCGCAGGACGGCCCCGCAGCGCGGCGUGCCUUGGAUGGGAUCCUCAUUGAGACGACCGGCCUCGCCGAUCCGGGUCCUGUUUGCAAGACCUUCUUCGUGGAUGAAGAGCUCCGCGAGCGCACGCGCGUGGAUGGAGUGCUCACGGUGAUCGACACGGUACACUUCCUGCAGCAACUGCAGCGGGAGCGCAGCGCGGACGCGGUGAACGAAUCAGCGCAGCAAGUGGCCUUUGCAGACAAAGUGCUGCUGAACAAGGUGGACGUGGCCGGAGAAGACGUGGUGCGGCAGGUGGAGCGUGCGAUUCGCAGUAUGAACAGCUGCUGCCCUAUACUCCGAUGUAGCCUCGCAAAACGGCCUCAAGAGCUUCCACUGGAUGAGCUACUGCGAGUGGAAAGCUUCAACUUGGACAAAGUCAUCCAAGAGCUGGGCACCCAGGAGCCUCCGCUGAAGCGUGCGCGCCACGGCCACGAGACCGACGGUCACGGCCACGAGACCGACGGUCAUGGCCACGGGCACCUCCAUGGGCAUGAAGAAGCUCCGGAACGCUCGCGGCAUGAUUCGGGCGUGGGCACCUGUAGUUUCGUGCUGCACAAGCCGCUGGUGCUGGAGCGCUUCAGACAGGUGAUGAAUGCCCUGCGUGCGGAGCAUGCGGUGGACUUGUACCGAUACAAGGGCAUGGUUUGCGUGAAAGAGACCAGUGGCAACUUGCGGCGAGCUGUACUUCAAGGUGUCCAUGACAUGUGUGAAUUCGAGCCCCGUGGCGACUGGCCCGGUGGAAAGCCGACGAUCUCGCAGCUGGUCUUCAUUGGACGAAACUUGGAGAAGGAGAAGUGGCGGCGGCUCUUCGAAAAGUGUCAAUUGGGUCUCCUUGAUGAGCCAUGA